CUUUAAAUUCUAAUUGGUUUCAUUAAAAAUACACGUCGAUCAACGCUGAAAACUACGGCCGGCAAAAAGUCGCUGAAGUUUCGAAGAUUAGUUGCUUUAAGCUGUUCUAAAUAUCGAAAUAUUGAAAGGAUCUUUCCGACAGCUCAACUAAGCAAAAAUGGCCAAAGUUCACAUUACCAACGUCGUGGUGCUGGACAACCCUAGCAGCUUCCUGAAUCCAUUUCAAUUCGAACUGACGUUCGAGUGCAUCGAAGAACUGAAAGAAGAUCUCGAAUGGAAAAUGAUCUACGUCGGGUCGGCCGAGUCGGAAGAUUUCGAUCAGGUGCUGGACACAAUUUACGUCGGCCCAGUGCCUGAAGGCCGGCACAUAUUCGUUUUCCAGGCAGAUCCUCCCAACGUAGCCCGGAUUCCUGAACAGGACGCCGUCGGUGUGACGGUUGUUCUGCUAACCUGCUCCUACCGGGGCCAAGAAUUUGUACGCGUCGGGUACUUCAUCAACAAUGAAUACUCCGAUCCUGAACUGAGAGAAAAUCCACCAGCCAAACCGCUGUUCCAUCAAAUGACCCGCAACAUUUUGGCCUCGAAACCCCGAGUUACCCGCUUCAAAAUAAACUGGGACGAUACCCCGGCCGGUGGACCCGGAACCUCCAACGGAAUGGAAGAGGAAGGAGCGAUGACCGGAAUGGAAAAUGGAAUCACGGACGAAGGCCAGAUGGACGGUGCCGGUUCGAGUGUGGAUCUGAUGUCCGGAAUGGUGGGCCAGGACGAGAACAGUAUGGCCCUGCCGCGGGAGUUCAACGAAAAUUCAAACUCACUAGCGAUGGAGUGCUGAGCGGCGGUUUACAAGCAGCUCCAUUUUUAACUACUACUACUACUAGCCCUAAUUUAUAUGUUUUCGUUUCACUCUUUUCUGGUACUGCAAAACGGCAACCGGUCUCUGCGCUGCAAAAAAAAAACGUCAUCCUCCUAAUCGCCCAGGGGGUUUGCGAUGCUCUUCAUCUUUCGAACUUGAUUUUUUUUAACAACAAUACCACUUGUUUGAUUCGACCACUCAUAAUAACCUCCGACUGGUGUACGCCGUUCUAGUAACGUAAGGAUAUGUAUAUAAUAAAAUUCAAUUAGAAGUAAAA